AUGUCGGGGAGCCGGGAAACGGGAACCGCGGGGUGCCAGGAGGCGGCCGCCGGGCCUCCGGGGCCCCCGAGCCGGGCAGACCGCCGGCAGGAGACGGCGGCGGGCGGCGCGGGGUGUCGCCCCCCCGGCCUGGUGAACUGGAGGCAGAGACCGUGCAGGACCUCCGCGCUGUUUGCUGCAGCCAACGCGGUGCUCUGGUUCGGGGCCUUCAGCUCCUUCCGGGCCUGCAGCCUCCUGGCCGCCAUCCUGGCCCUGCUGGUCGUCACGGUAACCGCCAGGGACAUCGCCCGGUCCAGAUCCACAGGAGCUCACUUGUGGUGCAGCAUGACAGCAAGCUGGGAGAUCAUCGACUCGGGUCGGGUCAGCCCCUCUGGGACUGGACCUCAACUUGGCGACUCCCUCAAGCUCUUCCUCCAGGAGACGUCGGCUUUCAAGCAGCAAAACCCUGGCAAGUUUUGCCUGCUGGUUUGCAGUUUAUGCACCUUCUUCGCCGUCUUAGGGCGCUACAUUCCAGGGAUCGUUAUCUCGUAUGUUCUCGUGCUGAGCGUUUUCCUGUGGCCUCUGAUCUCUUCUCACGAGGUCGGUUUGUGGCUGGAGCCAGUUCUGCAGAAGCUGGACUUUGGCAUCGGGGAGUUCCUUCAUAGGAUCAAGGAGAACCAUGAGAACAGAAUCCGUCGGUCUGAGACGGAGAACGAGGGCGUGGAGUCGGACCUCUCCUCCAUGUUUCCUAAGCUGGACUCCACAGUGUGUAAGGAGAUGUCCGUGUCGGACACGGAGGCGUCCGACGUGACGUGGACGGACAACGGCACCUUUAACCUGUCAGAGGGACACACGCCACAGACGGAGAACUCAGAGGACCUCGACAGAGAAGAGGCGUUCACCGGAGGCCUCCCGGAGUUCCCCUCGCUCGACAACGGCGCCACGACCAACGGCGACGAGGACGACGAGGACGACUUCAGCCUCGGCCUCUCCUCGCCUCCCCCGCGGGCGGCGAGCAAAUCCAAGCACGCGCCCCCUCCCCACGGGGGGCUGCCCAAUGCCGCCGCCCUCCAGCUGGUCAACCAGAUGGCGGGCGACUUCAUCGCCGCCGCCGUCACGGCCGCCAUGCAGGAGCGGAUCGAAGCGGCGGUGGGCUUGGCGGAGGCGCCGCCCCGACUCCCGGACGCCGCCCGGCUGCUGGAGGCGGCGGAGGAGUCGGACAGCGAGGUGGAGGACUUUGAGCUGCUGGACCAGUCGGAGCUGGAGCAGCUGGGGGGGGCGCUGGGCCUGGGGGAGGCGAAGGCCGAGGGGGGGGCUCGGGCCGGGAGCGGCGAGCCGGCCUCCACGGGAUUCUUCUCCAAACUCCUGAGGCGCCACUGAAGAGCGGCGUGUGCGGGGGAAGCAUGAGGAGAAAACAGAUAAAAUGAUUAUUUCCUGUAGAAACAACGUCAACCAUUGAAACCAGUUUGUCAGUUUAAUCCGAUCAUCUCAGUCCAGACCACACAAAAUCAGACAGAUCAGGAAAUAUGAGAAAGGAGAAAGUUGCAAUCUGUAUUUUUAUGAAUUCAUUCAUUAGAUUCUGCGUCGUGCUGAACUGACGACAGUAACGAGUGACUACAUUACCCAGAAUGCAACAGGGGGUUGUAGACCAUCGCUGGCAUUCAGAAAACUCUUUAGUGCUUAAAUGUUUUUUUUUUAUUCCUUUUUUAAAUUUUAUAUGCAUGAAUUUCAUGAAAAAUGUAGGUAGUAGAGGAAGU